AUUGCAAUCAACGAUUGUUACAGCCUACUCCUCACAGACGAUCCUAACUCUGAACUGGAUCCUAAUCCAUCCACUCCCCGGCAAAGGAUAGAAUUCUUGACCGCUCAUGCUGCUGACGGAACUUCGCACUCCUUCACCUGGAAGUACUACUUGUCUUCCCAGACAGGCACUUCCUCUCAUUUCUUCCACACUAUGCAAAUAUUCUCUAUCGGAGACAGCGGCCCCGUCAUAACCCUCGACGCGAUAAAAGACAAAGUCCAAAUCGUAGACAUCACGGGAAGCCACGGCUGUCCUUCCGCAGGGUGCCCCGGCAUCGCCCUCGAAGAUUUCGUGGAUCGCGUCACACUUCAUUCGAUGUCGAUAACGUAUGGACCGAACGGGAAGAUGAGCUACACGGUGAAGGAUCAGACUACUGGGAGCACGAUGAUAGCCUUUUCUGCGAGCGGUGAUAUGGGGAAGGAUGGGACGUACGUAAAGAUUGGAAUGUAUAGGGCUACCUUCGAGGGGAUGACUGUUGGACUGUGA